CAUGUAAAAUCAACAUCAGCUUAAGACUUUACUGCCAUCUGUCAACUAAAUCAUGAUUCAAAAAUAAAUUACAAAUCACACAGGCUUCUUUCCAUCUCGCUUGUUCAUUGGAUGACUAUUGAUGCUGUUGAUAAAUAAAUUUAAACACGUGGUUUGGUUAAAUUAUACAUGUUACUGCUAGAUAUAAAGUGAUUUAAAAUGAAUGAAAAUAAGAUUAUUAGACAAGUUCUCGCGACGAUCCAAACAAAUACUAAAAAACCAGAAAAAUUUUUAAGUGUACAAAAUGAUGCUGAGCUAGAAAUAAGAAAUUCACUUAAAAAUUUGUAUGACUUUACUAAAGCUGAAACAAAUAAUGUUAAAAAAAAUAACAGUAAUCAUAAUGCUCUGCCCGAGCUUAUUAUUGAAAAUGUUGACGAAGAACAUAUUUGGCAGCAAUUAGAAUUACAAAAUGAAUCAGUUAUUCCAGAUUUUAUAACAAAUAUAUCUCAUAUAGUUGCAAAAAAAAAUUUAUUUAAAUUACCAAUUACACAAGAAUCAGAAAAUCAACUUGAAGAUAACAACAAUGAUGAUGAUGAACAAGAAAAAGAAGAAGAUCAAGACGAAGAUGAAAAAGUUAAUGAUGAAAUGGAAUAUGAAGACGAAAUUGAUUCUGAUCGUGAAAUUGACAGUAAAUCAAAAACUAAAAAAAUGAAAUACAAACACAAAAAAUCAUCUAUUGUAGAUGAUAAAUUUUUUAAAUUAAAUCAACUUGAUGAGUUUCUUACUAAAGAAGAUAAAAAAGAAUUACAAAAUAAACCUGAUGAUUCAGAUGACUCGAGUGAAGAAUCUAUUGAUUUAUUUGAUAAUUAUUUAGAAAAUGAUGAUAAUGAUGACGACGAUGAUGAUGAUGAUGAUGAUAAUGAAGAUGGUAGAAUGCUCAAGUAUGCAGACUUUUUUGAUAGUCCUGAAAGUGCAGAUGAUGAUGAUGAUGUUGAAAAUGUUGCUCAAGAUGAAUUAGAUUCAGAUCAUGAUAACAAUGAUGAUAAUAUUGGAAAUAAAAAAAUAAAAAGAGUAAAAGACACUGAUGGUAAUAAUAAACGUGUUAAAUUUAAUUUAAUGAAUAACACAGAUUCUGAUUUCGAUAGUGUUGAUAAUGAUAAUAAUAAAUCAGAUGUUGAAGAAGAAGAAGAAGAAGAAACAAUGGAAACAAAAUCAUCAUUUGAAAAUCGUAAAGAACGAGUAGAUAAGAAAAUAAAAGAAUUGGAGACAGCAGCUAUUUCAAAGAAACCCUGGCAAUUGAGAGGUGAAGUAACGGCAACUAGUCGUCCACCAAAUUCAUUAUUAGAAGAAUAUCUUGAAUUUGAUGUAACAUCAAGACCAGCUCCAAUUAUGACAGAAACAACAAAUUUAAAACUUGAAGAAAUAAUAAAACAACGAAUUAAAGAUAAAGCUUGGGAUGAUGUUGAAAGAAAAAUAAAACCUAUUGAAACUCCGAUGGAAUAUAAAAAAAAAUUGGUUAUGGAUCAGGAAAAAAGUAAAAAGAGUUUAUCUGAAAUUUAUCAAGAUGCUUAUUUGAAGCAAAAACAAACACUCGAUCCUGACAAUCAAGAGAGAGAAGAAGAAGAAUCUAAAGAAUUUAAAGAAAUUCGUCAGGGUAUACAAUCCUUAAUUAAUAAACUUGAUGCAUUAUCUAACUAUCAUUGUACUCCAAAGCCGGCUCAACCAGAUAUUAAAAUUAUUAGUAAUUUACCUGCGAUAAAUAUGGAAGAAGUUGCUCCUGUGGCAACUGCAGAUGCUACUCUUUUGGCUCCUGAAGAAAUUCAAGUUAAAAAACGUGGAGAUCUCAUUGGUGAGUCAGAGCGUACUGAUACAGAUAAAAAUCGACAGCGAAGAAAGAAAAAGAAAGUUCAAAGAUUAAAACAAAAAGCAAUAGAAAACAAAGAAAAGAGUUUAAUAGAUAAUAAAAAACAAGGUAAAAUAGUUAAAGAUGUGCUUAUUAAAAAAUUGACAACAGAUCGUAAUAUUAGAACAGUUAGUUCGUCAAAUGUCAAAACUUCAAAAUCAUCCACCGAUUUCUUUGCAAAGUUGCAAGAAAAAUCUAAUGAAAAGUCAAUAAAUAAUAAAUUAGAUAAGAAAAAAAAUAACAAUUCAUCUGCGAUUAAAUACAAAUUGUAAAUAAAAAGUAUCAUUUUACAUAAAUAAAAUCUAAUUACUUAUUUUUUUCUCUUUUUAAUUAUAUUCAUUAUUUCAAGACAUACUAAUGUCUUAUAAUUAUUUUAAAUCAUAUAACAAAUUAUACACACAUUAGUUUUUAGUUUGAGAUAUUUUAAAUAAAAAAUAAGGAAAAGAAAAAAUGUAAUUACUUAUAGUGUACAAUGUGUUAAAAAAGAAUUUAAUGUCAUCUUAUAAUUAAAAAUUCUAAAACCAAAACAAAACGUUAGAAAUUAGUUUGUAAUAAAAACGCUAUAACGUUUUUGAUUGAUUUAAAUAUUACACAUUGUAAUUGUUGGGAUGAUGGUGGUGGUUUAAGGUAAAGAAAAGGAAAUAAUACUGCAAAAUGACUUGAAAAAAAUUACAACUCAUAUUCAUAACCCGUACAUUAGUGAAAAAAUUUUUUUUUUCUUUUCAAUUAAAUUUAAUUUUUGUUUUUACUAAUAUGAUAUGCUAGUUUGUCAUUUUUAUAUUAUCCGAAAAAUUGCUAAACAUGUACAAAUGCAACAAAUCACGCAUGAC